AACAGCCACUCCAGAUUUGUCACCACGCCACCAUCACAUCCAUGCGCUGCGCUUUAUAUACCUGACACUCUGACCACAUAUCCGCCCACGAGCAACUGGUCUGCACACCCACCCAGUGGCCCGCCCCUCCUCUCUUCGUCUUCCUCUCGCAGCUUGCAGCAAUGGCCGGAGCACCGCUGCUUCUUCUUCUCGCGGCGGUGUGCCUCGCGUGCUUCGCCCCCGGCGCCAAUGCGGCGGGGAGGAAGAUGGUCGGCGUCUACGAGCUCAGCAAGGGAGAUUUCUCUGCCAAGGUCACCAACUGGGGCGCCACCGUCACCUCCGUCGUCUUUCCGGAUUCCAAAGGGAAUUUGGGUGAUGUUGUCCUUGGCUAUGACACCAUCGGUGAAUAUGUUAACGGAUCCAGUUACUUUGGAGCGCUGGUUGGACGAGUAGCCAACAGGGUUGCCAAGGCGCGCUUCGUGCUCGAUGGAAAAGUCUACCACCUAUAUGCCAACGAUGGCAAGAACGCACUUCAUGGUGGCCAUAGGGGCUUCAGCAAGGUUAUAUGGACGGUGAAGGAAUAUGUCAGUGGUGGUGACUCCCCACACAUCACACUGUACUAUCAUAGCUUCGACGGAGAACAAGGGUUCCCCGGGGCCCUGGACGUGUACGUGACGUACGAGCUGUCGAGCCCGUACGUGCUGAGCGUGCGCAUGAACGCGACGGCGCUGGACAAGGCCACGCCGGUGAACCUGGCGCAGCACACGUACUGGAACCUGGGCGGGGAGGGCAGCGGCGACGUCCUGGGCAACACGGUCCAGCUCUUCGCGGCCCGGUACACGCCCGUGGACGCCACGCUCAUCCCGACGGGGCAGCUGGCGCCCGUGGCCGGCACGCCCUACGACCUCCGGGCGCCGACCGCCGUGCGCGAGCACCUCCGCCAGGUCGUCGGCGGCAGCAGCAACGGCAGCACCAUCUACGGCUACGACAUCAACUACGUGGUCGACGGCGACGCGCGCGCGCUGCGCAAGGUGGCGGCCGUCCGGGACGGCGCGUCCGGGCGCGCGCUGGAGCUGUGGGCGGACCAGCCCGGCGUGCAGUUCUACACCGGCAACUUCCUCCAGGACGUCAAGGGGAAGGGCGGCAGCGUGUACGGGCAGUACGGCGCGCUGUGCCUCGAGACGCAGGGGUUCCCCGACGCCGUCAACCACCCGGAGUUCCCGUCGCAGAUCGUGAGGCCUGGCCAGGCGGCGUACAAGCAUGACAUGGUGUUCAAGUUCUCCUUCUAGCUAGAGCUGGUCGACCCAAGGAUGGGCAUCGCUGUUUAGGCAACUUCAGUCGAGUGACCGUUCUCCUGGAUGUUGUGACUCUUUUGGUGUCGGUACUUGGUAGGAAGAUCAGCAAUAAUACUCUCGGGUACGAGUCUAUUUUUGCACUGAAAACUGAAAGUUAUGGGA